AUGGAGGGCCUUCCUUUCGUUUACAUCCAUGACAUUCCAUCUUCAACUGAGUAUGAUUAUGUUAGAUUCUGUGGGGAAGACAUGAUCAUCGCCCACCAAGCUAUCUAUCAGUCCAACUCCUCUAUUUCUUCCUCUAUUUCUUCCUCUCUCAUUUUGCUAUAUACUCCCAUCAAUUGGUCCACUGUUCCGGUCAUGGCUAUCUUGAAAAAGAAAAACCAUUCAUAUAAGCUCAGCUUAGCUCUUUCCCAGAGGUCACCACCAUACCGAUAUACUUGGGUUAAGAUACUUAUCCUGCUCUCUGGCACAGCUUUAUGUCUCAAUAUUUACGCGGAACAGAUAUUUGGCUUCAUAUAUCUAUUUCAUAAUGAGCCUCCGAGCUUACAGAGUUUCCAAGAAUGCUCAAUUCGAAAUAUGCUAAGCACCGGGUUAUACUUUCUUGAAGACGUUUCACCACCAACAGUAGAGAAUUUCGAGUCUCGCAGGAACAGAUUGGCCCAUGCGCUCGUGGCAGAUGGUGUCGAUGCGUUCGUACUUGAGCCAGGCUAUACUUUUAAGUAUUAUGCAAACAUAAGCCAGGAGGACUGGGAGCCUUGGGAACCUGAAGAACGUCCUUUUCUGAUGGUCGUUCAGUCUUAUCAUGACCCACAAACUGGGAUCAUCACAGCAAACACGAGCUUCCUUUGCCCUUCUUUCGAGGCAGAGAGAGCACGUCUACUGUUGAUGCCCUUCUCGGAGCCUAUUAAUAUAAUCCCAUGGGAAGAACAUUGGAACCCUUACAAAACAUUAUUCAAAUCGGAGAUAUUCGCACGGAAUGAAAGGCCACCACGUCUCAUGGUAGAUGAAGAGAUGCGGGAUUAUAUACAGCGUGGUCUCGCCGGAAUUGGGUUCGAGGUUGUUGGCUUACAGAAACAGGUUGAAAUGGUAAGGCAAAUGAAAUCGAAGGAAGAGAUUGACAUCCUACGUGCCGUUAAUACAGGAACCGUGGAAGCUAUUCGGCAGAUAAGGAAAUGUCUAUAUCCAGGACUCACGGAGUUAGACAUCCAGAGAGUGCUCGACAACACACUUCGUGCAGUGGGACUAGAACCAUUCUUUGAUAUAGUCUUGUUUGAUGAGAAUGCGUCAAAUCCUCAUGGCGGUACGAACAGUUCCAAAGUCCUGGAUGCUGAGACCUUUGUCCUCAUCGAUGUUGGCGCUCAUCUAUACGGAUAUUCGUCUGAUAUUACUCGGGCAUUCUUCCCUCCAUUUCUAGACAAACCGCAAUCGAAAGAGGAUACUCCGGCGUGUCUGAAGAAAAAGAUUGAAGUCUGGAACAUUGUCUUCGCCGCACAGUCUCAAUCAUUCGAACAACUCCAUGCCAACGCAACUGCAGCUAGUGUCGACAUUGCUGCACGAACUGUAAUUGAAGCUGCCGGAUACGGACAUGCGUUCACCCAUCGCAUCGGUCACGGUAUUGGUAUCAAAGCACAUGAAAGUCCGUAUAUGAACAAGGCAAACUACAAAUCUAUUCUUCAACCGGGUAUGGCUUUUACGUCAGAGCCAGGUAUCUACCUGGUAAAUGAGUUUGGAGUGCGUGUUGAGGACGUCGUGCUUGUGAACGGAGAGGACGAGGAACCUACUCUGUUGACUGGACAGCGAGCACAGGGGCCCUGGGAUCCUUGACCAAACAAACUAGAACCAGGAAAGUUACACUCAGCAUCGAAAUGCAAAAUGGAUGAGGUUCGGCCCUUCCGCCGUACAAUGGCGGCAAAAAAUACCGAUUAAUUAAUGUCCAAUGUAAUAUUAACACAAUAUAAGAAAUACAAGAUGAUGAUUUUACUCCUUAUCCGUCUCAAUCCACUCUAACCCCUUGUCCGUCUUCUUGGUCCGUCGACCAAGUACCUCAGUUACCUUGGCUCUGACACCUUCUUUCUGACCCCAAUUCUGGACAAAUUCCUUCACGGUAUCUGAGCCUGUGGUCUUGUUGCCACGUACAAAUGCCUCGAUAUCUGCUUCCGUGGGCAGCGCAUACUUGGCAUGAGGGUACGUCUUAUAAUCGUUAUCGUGGAAUGUGGGCAGAGGUUCACCGUCAAUCUUGAAGAAAGCAUCGACAUCCGCAGGCGUAACAUCCUCAAGACGACUUGGAUUCCACUCGGGGGUUCGGGGAGGUUUGGAGAUUAGACGGGCUGAGACUCCCUCGACGAAAUCCGGGUGAUUCAUGAAUACACUGGCGAUGGCAUGUUCGCGCUGGAAUGUCUCCUUGAUACUCCAGUUCUUGCCGAGACGGAGUUGACGAAGUGUGACUUUGAGUGAGGUUGGUGAGCGGCUUGUAAGUGUCUCGAGAGUCUUUCGGGCCCAUUCCUUCUGGUCUUCUUCCUUUUCGAGGGCUUGGAUAAUCUCCUCGACUGUGUUGUACUUGAAGCACCGGUCAAUAGCCUGACGGAGUUUAUAUCGGAGAAGAAUAGGCUCCUUUUCCACUGAUGGUAGACCAGUCGAGAACUCGGCAAUGGUCUUGUUGACAAGGUCAUUGCGUUCGUUGAGGUUGGCAUAAUCCUUAAACACCAACUCUGCCAAUCGGUUCGUCAAGUUGCUCAAAACACUCGAGUCGACGUAGUGUGUCGCAAUACCAGUGUAAAAGGCCUGAACACCAUUCAAACGCUCCGAAGUAAGAGCCAAAUAAGUGCCGACUUCACCGUCAAGACGGGAGAGGAAGAACGAGCCGCCAACAUCAGGGAAAAAUCCAAUAGUCGUCUCCGGCAUGGCGAAAAGAGUACGUUCAGUCGCGAUACGGAAUGGUGCAUGAACACUCAAUCCAACUCCGCCUCCCAUUGUAAUACCAUCCAUGACGGCCACGAAGGGCUUGCUAUAGGUUGCGAUUAAGUGAUCGAGUUGGUAUUCGAGAGCGAAGUAGUCCUGUGAUCGUUUCACGCCUUCGGGUCCUUCCUUGUUGUUUAUUGCGAGAGCUGCGACGUCUCCACCUGCGCAGAGAGCCUUUUCUCCACGACCGGAGACCA